UUGGCUCCUGAAAGAACUGCGUGCAGAUGUCACUUGGCAAGUGCUUUGCCUUAGAAGCGUUGCAGCGUCCGCAGGUGUGGUAAAUACCCAGCACGGAAAGAAAAUCUCGCACGUACAUCAGAGCUGCAGAAUGGUUUCUUUUCAAAAUCAUGGCUUUGCGUAACACUUCAAGAGUGGCUUCAAAGCCCACCCUUUCCCUGCGCCUGUUGCUCUUCGUCGUCACCCAAAGUUCAUGUUUUGCUGCAAUUCUUAACAAGUGCUUCUCCAACCCUUGCAAAAACAAUGCAGCCUGCGAGGACCUUAUCAACGACUAUAUUUGCCACUGUCCAAAAAUACCUGUGGCGUUCAUGGGAAAGAACUGUGAGGAACUGCUUGAUGUUUGCGAAUCACAUCCCUGCCAGCACAACGCAACAUGCAAGAGCACUUUGGGCACAGCUGACUUCUCUUGUGAUUGCCCUCCUGGUCAUGCUGGCACCAGCUGUGAAAGUUACAUCAACAAGUGUGCUAGCAUUCCCUGCUUGAAUGGUGCCACCUGCCUGGACAAUGCCACUGGCUAUAGCUGUGUUUGCCCUUUAGGUUACACUGGCACUGACUGCGGAACCAACAUGAAUGAGUGUGCGUCAAACCCAUGUGAAAACGGAGCUGUGUGUAAGGAUAAGCUUAAUGGAUUUUCUUGCUUCUGUGUGCCUGGCUACCAGGGCAGACUGUGCGAGAUUGAAGUGGAUGAGUGUGCUUCAGAACCCUGCAGAAAUGAAUCCACCUGUGUGAACAAAAUUGACAAGUAUGUCUGCAUCUGCCCACCUGGUUUGACAGGAACUCAUUGUGAACUGGAAAUCAACGAAUGCUUGUCGCAGCCUUGUCUGAAUGGGGCAACUUGUCAGGAUCACUCUGCCAGCUACACUUGCACAUGUUCUCCAGGGUUCAUGGGCAGCAUCUGUGAAAUAAACCUUGAUGAAUGUGCUAGUCACCCCUGUCAGAAUGGAGGGAAAUGUAUUGAUGAAGUAAAUGGGUAUAACUGUGACUGUGUGAACAGUGGAUACACUGGUUUGCACUGUGACAUCUACGUCCCAAGUUGUCUUUCGCAUCCCUGCCUCAAUAGUGCCACCUGCCAGGAUACUGCUGGAAAUUACACUUGUCACUGUUGGCCAGGUUUCAUGGGGUCGCAGUGUGAGACUGAUAUCAAUGAGUGCUACAGUAAUCCUUGUCUACAUGGGGGCAAGUGUAUUGAACUCUCCUGGCAAAAUAUGUAUGGAAACACUACAGAAUUGCCUGUAGUCUUCAGCUAUGAGCAUGCUUCUGGCUACAUCUGUAAAUGUCGGCAUGGAUUUACAGGUUCGCACUGUGAGAUGGAUGUUAAUGAGUGUGACUCAAGCCCUUGUCAAAAUGGAGGAACAUGCCAGAAUACCCUGCAGGGUUACAUUUGUCACUGCCCAACAAGCAAUGCACAAGGGAUAUUUUAUGGAGGCCAGAACUGUACAGACAUUCUGACUGGGUGUGAGAACCAUGAAUGCCAGAACAAAGCAACGUGCAUCCCUUACCUGAUGGAUUCACAACACAGGCACCAUUGCCGCUGUGCUAAUGGCUACAUUGGUUUGAACUGUCAACUAUCAACUACAUUUUCUUUUGCUAUCAGUGGGUAUCUUCAUUUUAAAACACCACUUACUGAGAAAAAUGAGGACUUGGCAAAUAAACUUCCUUAUCACAUAUUCCUAAGGUGUAGAACUGUGCUGUCUCAUGCACUUAUUUUUCAUAGAGGGAACAGAGAAACAUUUAUGAAAUUGGAAAUACUCAAUGGGCAUUUAUCUGCAUCUCUGCAAAUAAGCAAUGAACUGGUUGCAGCUCUUGAGAUUUUUAAGAAUGUAAGUGAUGGAGACUGGCACACUGUGGAAGUGACAUUCAGGAGUCACUUUUCUGUCAAACUCCUGGACGAUUCUUGUUCAGGAGAAUGCAUGAUCCUAAAGUUUGUAGGGAUGGAGAGUGACCAACUUGCAUCUGCAUUUGAAAACAUAUUCUUUGGAGGCAUGGAGGACGACUAUGGAGAUUUCCAGGUGAUACCCAGCCCCAGAACUGGCCUCUUUAUUGGUUGCCUUCAGGACGUGACAGUGGAGUCAGAAGUAAUAGACGUGGACACUCUUUUGUUGAUUCGACGCGAAUGUGAACCAGGAUGCAGCAAGACUGGCUGGUGCCAGAGGGAUCCGUGCCAGAGCAGGGGUCAAUGUAUUGAUUUGUAUCACAAUUACAGAUGUGAAUGUUUCAGACCAUACAUUGGAUUGAACUGUUCUGAAGAAUUAACCCCGGGUGGAUUUGGCCAUGAAGGUUCCAAAGGCUAUGCUUCUUUUACCAUUGAUGAUGAUCCAGGAGAAGAAGUGAACAUAUCCAUGUUUGUUCGCUCUCACAAACCAGAUGGUUUGUUAGUGAGCCGGAACAGCAGUGUUGUCUAUCUUCAGAUGGAGUUGGAUGCUGGCCGUGUUGUAGUCCAAUCCCACUUGUCUAAACCUCUCACAAGUGAUCACUACAUCACUGACAGCGAUUUUUAUUUCAUAACUCUGGAAAUAACAAAUGAAAUGAAACUUGUUCAGUCAGGACAAGUGGUUGGUCACGUUCAAAUUUCUCCAAUUAGAAUUCAAGCUGGUGAUAUGGUUUAUAUCGGAGGCUUGCCAGAUCAGCUGGAACAUGCUCAAGACACAAGAUACUUUGAAGGAUGCAUCCAGGAUUUAAAAAUCAACAACAAGAGACUUGAGUUUUAUCCCAUUGGUAUCCCUGAGGAGUCUUACAGUAACAGAACACUUGUAAAUAUAACAAGCGGCUGUAGUGGCAAGAAUGCAUGUAAGUCCAGCCCUUGCUUGAAUGGUGGAACCUGCUCUUCCAUCUGGGGUGACUUUGUAUGCACCUGUCCUCCAAAUACCUCAGGAGAAACCUGCAGCCAAGUCCAGUGGUGUCAGCUUGAUCUGUGUCCACAAGAUUCAAAAUGUCACCUGCUCAGAGAUGGAUUUGAUUCAUAUGAUGGGAUUCAUAUUGGUAUCACUAUGGAUGCUUAUUGCCAACAAGAUUAUUAUAUCUCAAGAGAAGAAGGCCUGACUUUCAGAGGGAAUGGCAAAAUUGAGAGAGAGCUCACCAACAUUACUUUCAGCCUUCGGACGAGGGAAUCGAAUGCUGUCGUGCUCCACGCGGUAAAGGAGCAAGACUUUAUCACCAUGGGCAUCCAGCAGUGCCAUUUAAUAUUCAUGAUACGAAGUGGAAACAACUGGGGCAACCUGAGUAUCCUCAGCUCAAAACCAAUAAGUGACGGUCUCUGGCAUGAUGUUAUCUUUCGCAUGAGUGAUCCCUUACUUCAGUAUUCCAGCUGGCAGCUGGAAGUAGACAAGAAAGAAAUUGUAACCAGCGUGGCCAUCAGUGGCAACUUGAACUUCCUGAGAGGAAGAACAGACAUUUACCUGGGUAGUGGAGGUGAAGAGAAAGGACGAGGCUUCAAAGGUUGCUUGAACACAGUGAAACUUGGUGGCAUCUCGUUACCAUACUUUGCAACUGAUAAUGUGCACAUUGUCAGACCUAAACAGGAACAAUUUAUACAAACAUCCUUCAAAAACAUAUUACUGGGUUGCCCAAUGGAGAAUAUUUGUGCAUCCAAUCCCUGUAAAAAUAAUGGGACCUGUGAGGACAUGGUCAGUUACUAUCAAUGUAGCUGUCCUACAGGUUGGGUAGGCUUGAACUGCGAAAACAACAUCAAUGAUUGCCAGUCAAGUCCUUGUAUUCAUGGCAAUUGCACAGACAAAAUGUCAGCGUACAAAUGUGUCUGCUUGCCUGGUUUCACAGGCGCUAAUUGUGAAGUGAACAUAGACAACUGUCAAAAGCACAAGUGUGCCAAUGGAGCUACCUGCAUUGAUGCCAUAGACAGUUACUCAUGUAGUUGCCCAAGUAACUUGACUGGAACAUUUUGUGAAUACCUUAGAUUAUCUCUUACGUUUUGCAAUGAUGAGAAGAAAAAUUGGACCUGUUACAAUGGAGGCAACUGUACUGAGAAGGACACAAGGUGUACCUGCCCCAUAGGAUUCACUGGAAGCCACUGUGAAAUCGACAUUGAUGAAUGUGAAUCGAACCCAUGUCUUAAUGGAGGCUUCUGCCAAAAUCUGCCCAACGAGUUUCAGUGCAUCUGCGACAUGAGCUUUGCAGGUGACCGCUGUGAGUUUGAUGUAAGCGAUCUCUCCUUUUUCAUCUCUUAUUACUCUGGCAGAAUCUUUUCCAGCUUCUUUCUUAUCUCAUUCUACGAAUGGAUGAUGAACCAGCAGUUGAGUGGGCUUGAAGGUCUUGGAUACCAAAUGAACUAUGCUGUUGGUUACCCAAGUGCCAUGUCUCAGCAGUGGCUAAUAUCAAGCCAGCCGGUUCUCUUGAAAGCCAACCUGCACCUCUUGAAUGGAAGACAGUGUAUGACUGAGACCACUGAAGAUGACAGCAUGCUUAAUCCUCCUCCUGACAUCCCACUGCAUUAUCCCACAGUCCCUUCUGAUCGCAAGCUGCAGAUGUUUCCCAUGACCAACCACUUCAGAAACAUAACUCAAAAUUUUGGAGUUGGUUUUCGAGCUGCACGGCUAUGGACUCGUAGAAUGGAAGAACGACUGCUGCCUUGCCUUGGCUGGUUAUUGGCUACAAUACUUUUACUAAAGGAAGGAUUUCUGCUCACACAAGCAGUGAAUGAAACAACCCCUACACCAUCAACAACCCCUACACCAUCAACGAAUAACACAUCAUCUACAAAUCCGCCACCUAACCAAGUAAACAUAGCAGCCAUUGUGGCUCCAUGUGUCAUUGGCGGGGUGAUAGUUCUUGCUAUCAUUCUGACUUUGCUAAUCCUAAAACUGCGUGAGAAACGUCAGACUGAAGGGAACUACAGCCCGAGCAGCCAGGAGCAAACAGGAUCUCGGAUGGAAAUGAACAACACUCUUAAACUACCACCAGAAGAACGCCUGAUCUGAUGCGUUCAAGCUUUGGGGUUCAUGGUGGAAGAAGUCAACAGACCCCAGGUAUUCCCUGUGCUACUCAACAAUUUGGGAUUAAAAAAAAAACUCUCACAAAGCUGUGGAACUCAAAGUCUGUGUGCGUGUGUGUUAUUUCUUUAAACCAAGGCAGCUUCAAGGCUAACCCAAUGUGAGUUACCCCUAAACAUUUAAUCAUUUUGACUCUUGUCAGCAGGAUGUGGAAGCCUGGACCUCAGAGCUUCUGCUUUAUACUGGGUUGGUCACCGUCGUGUUGUUGCUGAUUUUCUUUCUAGUCCUCGCUACCUGUAUUGUGACCCUGAAUAAAAGAGCAACGCACGGGGCCUACAGCCCAAGCCGGCAGGAGAAGGAGGGAUCACGAGUGGAGAUGUGGAACAUGGUGCAACCACCACAGGUGGAAAGACUUAUCUGAAUGAGCCCUGACCAAUUGUUUCCACUGUAUGUUGGCCAAUAUCACUGCUGUAUGUUAUAGGGUGAGGACCAUCCGAUUCAACAUGCCACAAGAAAUGCUUUAAUUGGCACUGAAUGUUUUCUUUUACUCAUUCAAGUGGGUAUCACCAGCAAGGCUCACUUUUAAUGCCAAUCUCUAACUGCCCUUGAGACGAUACUAAUGAACUGCCUUCUUGAACUGUGGGCCGUCAACAUGGUGAUGGUGACAGUGUAGUUAACGAGGAAGUUCCAGCUAUGAUGAGGUUUAAUCUGUCAAUGUCUUGGCCAAAUAUUCAAAAAUACCGGGUAAAUUGCUCUUCCUCAAAAUUGUCAACCGACAAUGGGUCACAAUGCUAGUAUCUAAGUGAUGUUGGGAAUACAAAAUGUGCACAAAUACAGACAAAAACCUAUGGAAUUGGAUGGUUCAACCAAGGUAAUAAGCUUAUUUACCAACAACUCUUCAUUUAGGGAUCACUGUUACAAAAGAACAAGAUCGUCAGAAAUGGACCUUCAAACUCCUCCAUGUGAUAGAAGAGAAUUGAGCCCAAAUGCAUUGAAACAGGGGGAAAAUGUUAAAAACUCUUCUCUUUCCUUUCGUUAUAGUAGUUCAGAGUUUUUGUAAUACAGCACUGUUUUAUCAGCAUAGUUUACCCAAGAUCGCCAAUACCAGGGGCAAAAUGUUACAGAAUUACAAAUUGUAGUCGGUGAAAAUUGAGUUUUUGCGAUCUUUUGAGCUGAUUUAAAAUUAAGCUGGAAGAUGACAGAUUAUAGUUUUGCUAAUAAGCAAAUAAAUUUGAGUGGAAACAUGAGAAAGUUAAAAUAUUCGACCCAAUUUGUGCUGGUUUGUUAACUGUGUUGAAAAUGGACAUUUUAUCACAGGGUAAAUCUUUUUAUAACAUUACUACAACAGUGUUACAAAGCACAUAACUUUUUAUGGAUCUGAUGAAAUAAACCUUUGUUACAGAUAUUCAAAUUAGUCACUAGUUUCAAACUAAUUCUUUAAAGGAAUCAAAGCUGGUUAAUAUUUAAUGGCUCAAUCCUGCACCAAAAGAAUGGUGUCCACAUAAGAUAUUCCUUCAGUUUGUCCUCUUUUCAAGCACUUUUUAUUUAUAUUAUUUUCUUUUCUUAUUUCUGUUCUUUUUAACUCUAGGAAAAUUGACAAUUUUUAAACUUGUAUAGGGAUAGGUUUGAAGAAUUGUCGAAUGGAGGGAGUUUAAUAUUUGCCAGAUUAUGCUUUAAUCUCCAUCUGCAAUGAACAAACAUUUCAAAUUGAAUGCAUGCUGAAAGUAGCACGGUGAAUUAAUUAUUUUCGAUACCCGACUACUGCAUAGUAUUAUAUGGCAGAGUUGGGAAAAAGCAACUGAAAAAUGUUUAUCAGUUUUUGAUAUUUUCUGAUUUGGGAAUUUUUUUUUAUAGUCCACACAGUGGGAAAUGUAUUGUCAAAGAGUUAAAGGUCAAGUACCCACACAGAUGAUCUCACCAGCAACGAUCAGUGAGAGUAAAUACAAAGAACAAUAGCAUAAGUUGCGUGGGGCCAGUUUUAAUGUGUAUAUACUUAGAAUGUCUAGGGACUCAUUUAUGGUUAGGAUUAAUUCCAAAGAUAUGUGUUUGUUUAAGAUGAGUGAGAAGGCUUUUCUGGCGAUGGUGAAACUAUUAAGACAAAUUGUAGGACAAAUUGCAGUUGACUAUAAGAAUUUUACAGCAUAGACGCCGGAGACAAUUCAGCCCAACAGAUUCACACUAUGGUAUAUGUCCCACACAAGCCUCAUGUGUCUCACCCGAGCAACAUAUCCCUCUAUUUUUUUUUCUCCUUCAGCUUUUUUUCUCCUUCUCAUAAAUGCUACUCACUUUGAUUACUCCAUUUGGCAGCAAGUUCCACAUUCUAACUUUUUUUUAAAAUAAAUGUGUUUCUCUUGAACUCUUUAUCGUUUUCCUUAGUAAAUUCUUGUGAAUGUUUUUUGUUAAGCACCACAAAUUUUGGACUAGCUCAGAAGUAGAGUUAUCUAUCAUAUUGAACACUUUAAUAAUUUCUUUUAAAGUCCUUGUCAGCUCAUCUCCCACUCUUCCCUGGUCCAUCCAGUCUUUCCUGGUAGUGAUAUCCUCACAGUACUUUAGGCCAAAUUAACUCAAAAGACACAACCUGCCAGGGGACCAGUGCGACAUGGGUGAAAGGUUCUACCUGUGCAGAUCCAUAACCGCAGCAAGUGAACAGCCAAGGGCCAAGAAUUUGGAGGAAUGCAAAGUGGGAGAGAACUUUGCUCAGGGAAUAUGCACAGGGUACCCUGAUGUACCUGCAUCUACCUAUCACCACCUUGUGCCCACCCUGCCUCCCUCUUUUGUCCACCUAUCACUGCUCUGCUUUUCCCUCCUAUAUAUUGGACUUCCCCUUUUCCUAUCUUCAGUCAGGACCCUUCUUCAGGACUCUACAAAAGAAUUAUUUUAACUGCAACAGAUUUUAAAGAAUCAAACAGCAGAUAUUUUGGAUGGAUGCAGUGGAUAGUUAUUUGCUGGACAUGGAUUCAAAAGGAUUUGCUGGUCUCCCCUAGGACAAAAGAAAAUGGAUCUAUCUAUUGAACAAACUGAACAACAGUACUCGCAACAACAAUAAAGUCAAACUGGAAUCACGCUAUCCAUCUUAUCACAGGACAUUGUACUGCAAAAUGGGUUAAGUUUAAAAAAAAUUGUGACCUUCCAAACAUAUUCUCAGAUUAAUUUUGGGAAGGACAGCAUUAUGGAUAUAGUACUCGACAGGCUGAACUGCAUCAUCUUAUCAUUUGUGGGUGAUGCUCUGGCGAUAACAAUAUUUUGAGUAUUUGAGCCAACAAGAAGAAAUAAUUUGGCCAAUGGCUUAACGAAAAUAGUGAAAACAAAAUGUUGUUGACACCUGAUAAUAUCAGGCAGCAUCUGGGGAAAGAUGGGUCUUCAACUAACAACUCUAAGUUAAUUUGUUUAAGUUGAAUUCAAAUCAUGUAAUUAUAAUCUAGAAAAUUAGGGACUGAAAAUUCCAUUUAAAUAUCUCUGAAUUCUAGUGUUGAAGUAAUGAUUUCACCUCAAAAAUUUUGAAGGUUUGUUAGAAAUGAGAGAUUGGCCUGGAUUCUGUUUAUGUGUUAUGAGUAUUUUAAUGAAUAUGCAUAAUUCAUUGAGAUGCUGCCAAAAGCUUUGUCUAAUGUUGUGAGCCAAAAGUUUUCAAUGCAUUAGGCGAAAAAGAAUAACCGUUGAAUGCAUUCAGUGCAUGAUUCCUUAUUGUAUUGUGUUAUGAGUCAGUAUUAUCUUAACCCACAUCCACCUCCUGUGGGUACCCUUGGAGAAAGUUCCCUUCCAGCUCACAUUCUUCAAAAAUCUCAACACUUUGGCUGUUAGUUUGCUGCAAAAUUUCUGAAGUUACUGAUCUGCUCAACCAAUCCUUCGCUUUAUCAUCGGAUCAUUCUGGACCACCUCAAGCAAUGUUGGUUCAUAAUUUCAUCUACUCCAGGAUUAUCAUAGAACGCAAAAAUGACCCACAACUUUUUUUUUGUCUGAUGCAAGCUGUGUUCUUAAACCUCUUCUUUCAUGAUUGAAAAUGAAACUUCCCUGAAAUUAGUGUAAGGAGCUCAUAAACAUCUUUUAAGUGAAUAUUGAGACCAUCUGGUCUACUGCUUCUCUUCCUGCUCCUAACUCACUUGACUAAUCAUCCAUUGUUACCUCUAUCCCUAAUUCCAAACUUAGAUCUUCCUUGUUGUCCCCUUUGUGAAAUCAUCUUGCUAUUGAGACUCACUUUCUGCUCCCAUAAUGCACUAAGCUACUAACCAGCCAACUUAUCUUCAUGGCUCCUAUUGAUAUUGUUAAUGGUCCCAUCACCCCUGGUACUGCCUUUCAAAGCAGCCAUCAUCACUCAUCUACUCCAGUGGCCCUCCUGUCCUUGCAACUUGCUAUCCCAUUUCCAAUUUCCUUUUUCUCUCCAAAGUCCUUGAAUGUGAUGUAGUUUCCCAAAUUUGUGCCCAUCUUACCUGGAACCUUCUGUUUAUAUCUCUCCAAUCAGUGGUGAUCAAAGUCACUAAUGACAUCUUAUAUGAAUGUGACCAAAGUAAUCUAUCUGCCCUAGGCCUUCCAAACUACAACCGUUGACAUGAUCGAUUGCCCAGCCUUCUUUCAUCUGGUUCUAUUCUAAUCCAGAGUAUCACCAUCAAUGUCCUCUCUUCCCAGGGUCAGAGCAUUAGCCCUCGUAUUUCCCCAAGGAUCUAUUCUAGUCCUCCUCCUCAUUCUAUUCUGCAUAGUCGGUGAUUGCUGAGUGUUAGUUUUCUAUUUGUUAGCUAAAUAUGAAUAAGGAUAUCAUUUAUUUCCAUUCUGAUUUUCUAAAUACACUGUAUUAACAAACUGGGGCUCUGAGAUAAACUGGCAAAACACUACCGCAUAAAUGUUCAAUGUACCAACAUACAAAUCAUUGAUAUUUGUUUUAGGGAGGUGUGAAUCUGUUUAAAAUGGUCUGUUAAUACCUGUGCUAAGGAAACAGGAAUUUCAAAUAGAUCAAGUGUUUACACGUUAUGAUUCUGCUGCCCUAUCAGCCAAAGUUUAAAGGUAAAAUGUGUGUAUUUUACAAGGAUGUGUCUUUUUUUGAUAUAUCUCUACUGACGGCUUUAAGUUAGGUAGCCGCGGAGUUCAUUGUCAAUUAAUCACAUUUUUAAGAAAUAUUUUAGUCAAGUUAAAAUUUCACUUGUCUCUAGAUAUCCAAACCAAUUUGAAUUUGAGAACUGCAAGCAACUCUGACACAAAUUUACCAAAACUGCGAUUCUGCAAAGCAAAUACUUCAGUCUCACUGUCAAUCCCCUGACUGACAUUUCUUUGUAUUUGCAUAUGUUGCUCCUUAAAACUGCUCCACUGUCUGUCCUUUGAUAGUAAUAUUAGUGUCAUUUCUUUGUGCAUCUGCACACAAUCUCUAACUAUAUUUCAACUUGCAUUGCAAUGUAGGCAACUGAAAUCAAGAUCAACUAAUUCCCCCCAAAUGGUGGACAUGUUAUUUUAAAACUGACUUAUAGUUCAUAUGUUUUACAACGUUCAUAAAUCAGUUAGAUUGAGCAAUGCCAUUUUGAUUAUAGGACCAGGUUCCUUAAUGUGCAGGGAUAAAAUAUUGCUUUUGAUCUUCAAUCUCAAGACAAGUUAUUUGAAGAAAUAGGUAGUUCAGUGGCAGAUGGGCUGAAGAAAUAAUGAUAACAUAAAUGCAUUGUGAAAAAACAUGGUUUGGACAGUAUUUCUCCUAUGAAAUUUAACUGGUAUUUGUGAAUAAGCAAAAUGAUAAAUUCAACACCAGUCAUUUCUGUAAUAUUUACAAAUCUCACACAAUAUGUAUUGUCACUCUAGCAGAGAAAAGAGGAAAAUGAAGAACAACACUAUUUAUCUGUUCAUACCAACUUCUUGGGAAUUUUUUUUCCAUUUUGCAGUCACUAGGUACCGUAGUAUUGUAGAGAUUGUACAGCAGUCUCUUCCCUGGAAUUAAAAGACUGAUCAGCACUAGCUAUAUAAUGCAACCUUGAAGUUUCAAGUUAAUAUUGUUAGACUAAAUGCCUUGAGUUAUCUCAUUUCUUUUUGGGUAGGAAUUUUCAAUUUUUGAAUUCUCUUUUUGUUAGAAAGUAUUGUGUGUUAGUAUCCCAACAAAGACAUCAUUUCAAUCCUUUUUCCUCUGUUACAUACCUUGCUAUCUAUUCAGAAUGUUGCUUAAAGAAUUUCUGUGAAGAAAUAAUCUGUUAUAUAACUAUAUAUUCAAUAGGUGAUAGCAAACAUUAAAGAAAAAAUGAUCAUUUAAAUUACGUAUGUAAAUUGGAACCUCACUUUAUCAUCUGAAAUUGACAAAGAAGUCACAAAUUAUAAAAGGCACAACUAAAAUUGCAUAGCUUACAUUAAACCAAAACCAGCUUGCAUGGUAACCAAAACAUCAGUGCUUUCAGAAUGGUUCUUUUCCUCUCCUGGUUCUGCAUGUUUCAUUAAAGUUUAUAAAUGCAUAAUGGGAAAUAUAUAGCACAAAUGAAGCAUGCCUUAUUAUACCUUGUCUUCAAAUUGAAAUAGAAGUCAAUUACUUUAGCACUUUACCAUAGGGUUAAAUACAAGAUCCAGUAAUCCUGUUUAUAAUAUUUUUUUCUGCUGUUGUAAUUGUGGGUCUACAGCUAUCCUAAAUUUUGUGAAAAUAAUUUGAAAGUGAAAAACGUCAAUGUACAUUGUGAUCAACCAACACCAAAAGGAAACCCAGUUUUGCAAAGUGCCAAUUUUCUUGAGAUUUUUGUUUGCAAUGUUUCUGCAACAAUUGUGCCCAAAACUUCUUGUACAUGAUAUAUUUUAGAAUGUUGUUUCAAUUUUGUAUUUGAUUUUAAAGACAAAAUGUAGAACAUUUUUGAAUGUAGAUAUUUGAUGUUUAGAGCAACUUAAAUGACUGUAAAUAAAUUGUGAAGCAGAAUAAACUAUCUCUUUCCCUAGUGAAUAUUCUUCCAUUGCUCACUGAUUCAUUUGCAAAUAUCUCUGUUUAUGAUUUUUGAAUGUAGAUAUUUGAUGUUUAGAGCAACUUAAAUGACUGUAAAUAAAUUGUG